AUGUGUGCAUAUGUUAAUAGAGAACAGGUUCUAGUGCAAGUUCUACCUCCGUUUCUCAUUUUGGAGUUUGUGUUUGGCGUCGUGGGCAAUGGCUUGGCCCUCUGGAUCUUCUACCACAUCAGGCCCUGGCGGAGCAGCACGGUAUUCCUCUUCAACCUGGCCCUGGCCGACUUCCUGCUCAACAUGGCCCUACCCAUGCGCGCCAGCUACUACCUCUCUGGCAUAGACUGGAAGUUUGGGGAUCCUCUCUGCCGCGUCUCGCUCUUCAUGCUGGCCAUGAACCGCGGCAGCAGCAUCAUCUUCCUCACGGUCAUCGCUGUGGACCGCUACGUGCGGGUGGUGCACCCUCACCACUCGCUCAACUCCAUGACGCUGGCGAAGGCGGCGUGCGUGGCGGUGCUUCUCUGGAUCAUCACCAUCGCACUCAACAUCUCGAUCCUCACCGAGUCCAAACUCACUCACACAAAUGUCACGACAAAGUGUGAAAGCUUCGGCAAUGAGAACAAGUACCACAACGUGGUUUUCUUUGUGAUAUUUCUCAUCUCGCUGAGCGUCAUCAUUUUCUGCACAACUCACACCUAUGGCCAGCUGCGCAGGAGACGUAUGGACCGAAACACGAGGAUAAGGCGCAUCAUGCGGAGUCUCACUCUGGUCAUGGUAAUGUUCACCAUUUGCUUUUUGCCCUGCAACAUCACACGGGUCCUGAUCUGGCUGAGAAAUGCACAGCCUGCUGACUAUGAGGGCAUCGAGUCUCUUGAGAUGGCCUUUUAUAUCACCAUUAGCUUGACUUAUCUCAACAGUAUGCUGGAUCCUGUACUCUACUAUUUCUCUAGUCCCCCUUUUCAAAAGACCCUCAAUGAGAUGGUGACCAACCUCAUGCAGAGAAGAAGAAAAACACUCCAGCAGGACCAGAGGACUGAAAUAAAUGGACUAUUUACUGCACUACUGGAUUUAUUGCAUUUGAAGAUAUGA